AUGCACUACAUAACGAAUCAUCAGGCUCAUGCGUUACAAAAGCAUGAAAGGCAGUUUCUUGACCGGAAGUCCAAGAGUUACUACACUACACCAGUAGAUGCAGUUUCUGUUUCCUAUCACUGUGACAGAGGAUGGGACAAAUUUGAAGAUAAAUGCUACAGACUGUUUCCUGAAUCCAAGAACUGGCAUCAAGCUCGUGAUAGCUGUAGAGUCCAUGGAUCGACUCUACCGAUAGUGUCAAAUAGAAGAAUCCAAUCAUUCAUUGUCCAAAAAUACAGGCGUCUGUUAGGUCCAUUUGGAGUGUAUUUGGCGGGAACUGAUGUUAAGAGAGAGGGAACAUGGGAAUGGGCUGAUGGGGAGGAACCGUUUUCUUUCUCUACCUGGCAAAAAGGAGAACCGAACAAUGAUGGUGGAUAUGGUCAUUGUUUACAUAUGUGGAAGACACAUCAAUUUAAUUGGAACGACGUUAAUUGUCAGCUUUCCAUUCCUAAAUACUUAUGCUCAAAACCAGUGAGACCUUCUGGAGGUAUAUCUUCCCUGACAUGUGGCUGUGGAGCAUCUGUCUGUCAAAUUGGUUCAGUUUCUGGAAGAACGAGUAAGACGUUUACAUUUUAA